CCUCGCCGUCGCCGUCAGCUUAAUGGAAAAGAAAGCCAGCAUUUUCUGUUGACCCCACAUUUGCGAGAUCGAUCUCAGCAUCUUCCCCAACUCCGGCCAAUAUGAACGAUCUCAUGACCGACUCCUUCGUCAGCGCGGCGGCGGCGGCGGCGGCGCAGGGGAAGCAAGGCGGAGGGUCCGCCGAUGGUGGAGGCGGCGGCCCAGGCGACGAGAAGAUCCAGGCGUUCUUGCGGGAGGCAGAGGCCGCCAAGAACGAGAUGGCCGCGCUGCGGGACGAGCUGUCCCGCCUCCAGGCCGCGCACGAGGCGUCCAAGACGCUGCUCCGCCCCGGCGCGCCGCGCGCCGCCACGCAGGCCGCUCUCGUCCGCCUCCUCGGCUCCGCCCGCCGCCUCCGCGCGCGGCUCGCGUCCAUGGACCGCCGCGCCCCCGCCCCGGCGGCCGCCGCCACCACGGCCGGCCUGCGCGGCCGCCUGCAGGAGCUCACCGCGGGGGUCCAGGUCCUCCGGCGCCAGGUCUCCGCGGAGCGACGGGGCGAUGCGGCUCGCUGCUACCUCGCCGUCGCCGGGGAGGCCCCGACCGAUGAGCAGGUGGACCGCCUCGUCGCCGCAGGCGGGGCCUCGGCUACCACCGACGCCGAGGCGGCGGUGCGGGCGGCCAUGCUGUCCUCCUCAGAGGCGGAGGAGGUGGAGGGCGGGCUGCUCGAGCUGCAGCAGCUGUUCCUCGACAUGGCGGCGCUGGUGGAGUCUCAGGGAGCGCGCGUGGACGACAUCGAGCGGCACGUGGCGGCGGCUGCGGGGGACGUGGGCGCCGCGGAGGGGGAGCUCCGGGAGGCCCAGCGGCUGCGUGCCGCCGCGCGGAGGCGGCGGCUGUGCCUCUCCGCUGGCCUCGCUGUGCUGCUUCUCGUCGUCCUGGCCGCGGCGGCCGCCGCGUUGGCGCUCGCUCUGGCGCGGCGCAGCUCGCGGGCGAUCUCUCCGCGUGGUGAACCACCAAAAACAUCGCAAUGCUCUUUGGCGUGUUGGCUGCAAAGGCUUUGUGUUCUUGUUUGAUUUUUGUUCGACUGCAAUGCUGCAAUUGAUUUGGGGUUUUCUAUAUGAAUUUGUACUGUCAAGUGUCAAGCGACUAAACAGGAACAAAGCAUAAAAUGUGAUUGUUG